GCCCUGGCUAGCCAGGCUACCGAGUCGCCGUCUGAGCCAGCGUGGGAAACGCAAUUUUUGGAAUCGCAACCUAAAGCUAAGAUCACCGCGCAUACCAAUGGUGUUCACGCUGGCACUGGAUCAAUAGCAGACGGCGCUGGCGCUGGCGCUAGCCGGUCAACGUAG